UAAAAAUUAGGUAAAGGUAUACCAAGCUGAACUGAGAGUUUGCUUAUCGCCAUCGAAAAUACAUGUUAUCAGCUGGCAAGUGUUUCUACCUCUCAUUUUUAUUAACCUUUGUUUUGUGCAUAAGUAUGUAUAUGACAAAACCAUGAAAUAAUAAAAUUAUUUAUAGUAAUUAAGUUACUACCACUCAAAACCAAAACAGUUUUAAUUGCAAGAAUUGCGUUAAGAGUAAGUCACUUCGUCUAAAAUUUUACUGAUCGAAAUUUGAUGUUUAAAUGACAUAGUGGCCGUAUGUAACAGCAAUAAAAUUCAACAGCUGACUUGUGCACAGAUUCUUAUUGAAGUCGCCGAUAUACGCAGAAAUUUCUUAUCAACAAGUGAAUUAAUGCAAAAGAUCCGAAAAGUAAUACAUUAGAAAUGAAAGUAAAUAGAAUUUUUCCAUUUGAUGAGUCGCUAUUCGAUUGCGCGAUCUCUAAUCACCAAUUGGACGAAAUUGCUGUAGAAAUUUCCAAGCGUGGCAGUGUGACUGGCCUCAAUCAGAUAGUAUGGGCGUUAAAAGCGCUUACCUUGACCGACUCGACGACAUUGGGUGGUGACGAUACAGCGGCCAACGUACGCAGUCUCUGCCAGCGUGCUGCUUUUCCUAUACCAGAGCACAUUUUACUGAAGCUUGGCGUCGAACCGGCACUUCUUCCGCAUAUACACACCGCCGCCGUGUGUGUAUAUCCAGCGCGUGUUACCGAUGCUGCUACGAAAUUGAAAAAGUUAAACAAAUAUGAUGUUAUACCAAUAGCCUCGGUGGCAACUGGCUUUCCGACAGGACAAUAUGGAUUGGAUUCGCGCUUGCGCGAAAUUCACUAUGCUAUUGACUCAGGUGCCACAGAGAUUGACAUUGUUAUAAAUCGUCAGUUGGCACUUAUAGGUGAUUGGAAAGGUGUAUACAAUGAGGUGUGCGAGAUGCGCAAAGCUUGUGGUACAAUGGCGCAUCUAAAAACUAUUCUAGCCAUAGGUGAACUCGGCAACAUGGAGAAUGUAUAUAAGGCGUCCAUGGCCUGCAUGCUAGCUGGGGCAGACUUCAUUAAAACGUCCACCGGCAAAGAGAAUGUUAACGCCACUUUGCCAGCUGGUCUGGCUAUGAUUUAUGCUAUACAAGAAUUCCAACGUCGGAAGGGCACUUUGGUUGGUCUAAAACCAGCUGGUGGAGUGCGGACUGUUCCCGAUGCCAUUGCUUGGUUGACACUCGUAAAAGAAACUUUGGGUACUCGUUGGUUGCAACCCAGUCUUUUUCGAUUUGGCGCAUCCGGACUAUUGGAUAAAAUAGUGGAAGCUGUUAAUGUACAUAUUAAUAGUCAACAAGAUGCUUAUAAUAGUAGCGAUGUAACCAAAGGAGCGGCAUAUUAAAUGAAAUGGAUUUGUAUGUAUGUAUUGCACAUACAUAUAUAUGUAUGAAGUGCAAAUUCCUGAAAAUAUAUGUAUGUAUGAGUGUCAUAACUGCCUAAGUCAAAAAUCAUACUUUCAAGAAAAACAUUUUAAUACACAUAGUUUUGUUAGUAGAAUAGGUAGGUAUUACUAACAUCCACUUAGACGGAUAUCGCGUGUGACAAAAGAUUUGAGAUUAGGCAAUUUAUAAACAAAAAUAUUUGUGGGCUUUGACAAUACUGUCUUUCUAUCUGUAAAACAAAAAAAUUGCCGGGCUUUGGCUUAAUGCAAUAUUUAAACCAUUAAUCAUUCACAAAUGUAGUUUAGGAAUCUAUCUAAACUUUUUCGCCUAGAUAUCAGGAUUUGUUAAACUAAAAGUGCACAGUCAACUACGUCCGUUCUAACGACCGUCAAGCCUAUAUUGCGGGGAUAAAUUAAAAUCAUGUCCAACCAGCAUCAUAAAAAAAUUAUUCGCUUUGCAAGGAGGGAACAUUAAAGCCCAAAUAAAUAUUUUGCCAAUAUUGACGUACAUAUUUACUUACAGCGGUUGAAAAAUACUUAAAAACGAUGCGUUGGCAACCAUAUACGUGCAUCUUUUGUCGAAUACGGUACCGUCACGGUACUUUUUACGCUUGAAUAUAUUUGCUGUGGUCACAUUCA